UAUUUAAAUACAUUUUCUUUGUUUUUCUUAAAAUCAGUAGAAAAACUGUCUGCAGAGGCAGCCAUCAACAUUUGGUAAGCUUUAUUGUUGUAGAGAACCUAGCAUGGGGCCUUUCAGGGAUUUUUGAGUUCAAAACCCAUCGAGGCUUUUCGGUAGAAAAAGCCUCAUCAAGUUCCUGGAACAAAACUGUCAUGCGUUCAUUGACGGCUCUGACAUGAUUUAUUUUAGUAUUCUUUGACAGUGUUACCACCAUAUAUAGAUUAUCUAUUAAAAUGACUUUAAAAAUAUAAUUGUAAAUUCUAUUCUACAUGAGGCUCAAAAUUUGAUGUUUUAAAGUUUAAGCGGGUUCGGGUAGGGGAGUUUCCCGGGGCCCUGAACGCAGCAUUUCUCCUCCAGUCAGACGGAGCCAUAUGAGGUGAACCUGCUAUGCUGGCGGUCGGUGCAUUGUGCGGGUCAGCUGUCGGUUGAAAACGAUCUCUCGAUGCUGUUUCAUGCUAAUUGGCUAGUUAGCUAAGAAGGUGUCACCUCGGCGUUUGCGUUUAGCUGGUCAGCCGGCGGUCUAGCUCCGCUGAUGCUGCUAGAUGAAUUUAUUGUCUGCCAUGUCCAAGUCAUUCCGUUAUUUUUAGCUAACAGCGCGUGCUAGCGCAGGAAGCGGCGUUUAGCGGAGCGUGACUAAUUGUUCGUUAUUGGGGGGCGAAAAAAGGAAGAAAUGGAGCAGUGGAAGGACGCGGCCUCCCAGCAGGUGAAACUGCUCGCACGCCGCCUGAACGAGGAGCUGUCCAAAGGCCUGGGAUGGCUGCGUUCCGAGCUCGGGGUGGACCUGGGACUGAAGCCCGAGCUUAUUCCUCCAUGGGCGAUCGUCUUAGCCGCGUGCGCUGGUCUGCUGCUGAUGGUGGCUCUGUGGGCCUCGGUCUGCCGGGCUGUUUUCAAGAAACGUCCCGCUGUACGCCCUGCGGAUGACGGCGCUGGGAUCAAGCAAAGUGUCAGCAAGCCCGUGAAAUCCGACGAGCCAAAGAAAAAGAAGAAGAAGGCAGAAAAGAAAGCUCAGCCAAACGGGAGAGCUGUCCCCGAGCCGCAGGAGGAGGAAGCCAUAGCUUCAGAGGAGAUAGUGCCACAUCAUCACCAACCGCCCCCGCCACAGGGAAAGAGCGAAAAGACCGCGGAGGGAAAGAAGUCCAAAAAGAAGCCAAAACAGGCUGCAAAGGAGACCAAAAUAGUGACUGCAGACGGCAAAGAACCUGAAGAAGGCACGUGGGAAACCAAGGUCAGCAACAAGGAGAAACGUGAGCAGCGCAAGAAAGACAAGAGCUCCAGCGAUGGCUCAUCCAGUCCUGGGGGAGGGAACACCCCCGUGAGUGUUCCCCCAGAGCAGCCCAAGACCACCUCUGCCGGCAUCCCCGCGCCAACCAACCAGAAAAAGAAACAAGAGUCUGCACGAGUGAAGCCAGAGAAGGUUGAAGCUGCUGUUACUCCAGCCAACAGCAGUGAGGUAGUGGACGCAGCAGCUGCUAAAGGUACCUUAAAGGUUCGGGGUCCAUCGCACAACGUUCCCUCCAAACAAGCCUCCUGGACCGCCUCGAUCCAGCCAGCGCCUCUGUGGCGGUCAGGGAUUGACGAUUCCUGGACUGUGAUUGACAGGCCGAUACAGUCCGCAGAGCUGAAUCUGGUGUCUUUGGCUCGCCUGGGAGUCGGUCCUGCUCAGCCUCAGUCAGUGAGCAGCCUGUCAUGGGUCAGUCAGCCCAGAGUGGAAGACGAGUGGUCUGGAAUCAAUGGAGCCUCGUCCGACCCAAGCUCCGACUGGAACGCUCCUUCUGAAGCCUGGGGCAACUAUGAGGAGCCCACCACCGAGACUCCUCUUGCUCAGGAGAAGCCCCUCCCUGAGUCGUCCAAGUUCAUUCAGAUCGGAGCUGCUGAGGAAGAUGAAGAUGAGAAGGACAAAGGAGAUGGGAGUAAUGAUGGAGCAGCUAAGACUAAGAAAAAGAAAAAGAAGAAGAAGAAAGCGGCUGAGGAAGGAGGAACAUCUGUUCAGGUCGAGGAGCCGGUGAAGGAGUCGACUCCUGCAGUGUCGAUGAAGAAGCAGCCGUCUGUGAAGGAGACGGCUGCUGCUGUCCCGCCCGUCAAAGCAGCUGCUGCGGAGACGAGAGGCGAGAGAUCAGUGAAGGACGCCCCACCCCCCAUCACACAAGUGCCACAGAAGUCCACCGAAGGAGAACCCACUGCCAAGCAGAACAACCUUCCUACUCCAACACUGCAAAAAAAAAACCUGAGGAGAGUCAAGCUCCCAAACCAGCAAAGAAGAAGAAAGCGAGGAGAGAAACAUGAGGGGUCCACUCUGACGCCACUUGUAUGCAAAAGACUUGAUGUCCGGUUUAUGCAACACCUUCUCUUGACUUGGACAUGGAAAUGAGAUGUUCCUGGGGGGACUGUGCCUCCAGAUCUGUCCGGAUAUCCUUUUUUUUUUUUUUACAUAUUGUUCAUCAGUUUCGGGAUCACUGAAACUGAGACCAGCUGCGUUGCAUUUGAAUGUGACGCAGUGUUAAUGAUUAAGAACGCCUCCAAUCUUCUGAUUCCUGCUUCUAAUUCAGCCGAAUCAAAUAACUGAAGGAGCCGCAUAGUCGUCCUUAGACUGUAGAAAAAAACUGAUCAUGGUUAGAAAUGUUUUUGUUGUGAUGGUUAACGAAUGACUUUUACUGUGUACGGAAUGAAAACGGUUCUUCAGGUCAGACCACGCUGGGCCCACACACUGACCUGGCCUUUGCUUUCUGAGCUUUGGUUUUGCUCAGACCUCUUUGGCAAAAUGCAGCUUGUUAGGAUGGAAAGAGCGGGAAGAUCAAACAUUGUUUUAUGCUCGGUGUGAUGCAAACUUCUGUCGUGUAAAUGAAUAUUGUCGGGAAUCAUUUCCAGCCGCAUCGCCGCCGCCGUCGUCGUCGUCGUCUGCAGUGCCCUGCGGUCCACGAACUCUGACCCUGGUCUGAAAGGACGCUGCAGCGGAGAGCAGCAGCUGGCUUUGUGUUUUGUGACCGUUUUUAGGAGGACGCCAUGGGACCGGAUUACAAACCUCCUCGUCCCGUUCUUGAUUUUUUUCAUCACUAGUCGAUUCGGAAGUCUGCAGAAUCUUUUGUAAACUUGUUUGUAAUAAAAAGAAAAGCUAAAGCCAUAUGUAAAAAUAACAAAAAAAUGAGACUAAAUAAAGGCCAGUUUUUCUACC